AUGGAGUUGGGGUCCUUGAGUAAAGACCUCUUCAACGAAGAUGACAUCGUCCAGUUCGACAUGGAAGAGAGCAAGGUGAAGCCAGGACAGAUGCAGGCCAUCAAUGUCAGCGGCGGCACCGGGCAGCCAGGAGGUGGCAAAGGAAGCGGAAAGCCGGGAGCUAACCAGGGAACGGUCAAGAAUUUCCGAGAAGACAAGGGCUUCGGCUUCAUCACGCUUUCGGAUGGCUCCGACCUCUUCAUGCACAUCAAGGUGGCAGCACAGAACGAAGAGCCCUUAGGCGCAGGCAAGCCAGCUUCUGGCCAACGCCGCCCAAGCAUGUCUCGCUCUCAGCUUCUCGCGCUUGCUAUCUUCGCCACACCGGGGAUGGCCAUCGACAACGGGCUUGGCCGUACUCCACCGAUGGGCUGGAGGUCUUGGAACUUAUUUGGGAACAACACGAAUCAGACAUUCCUGCAAGCCAUCAUGGACGGCAUGGUCUCCAAAAAGCGUUCCGUGGAUGGCACUCCGACAUCUCUCUGUGACUUGGGAUACUGCAAUGUUGGGCUGGACGAAGGCUGGGAAGACUGCACCGGAGGACACCAGUUCCAUUACCACGACGACUCAGGCAAGCCGCUCGUUUGGCUGGCGCGCUUUCCCAACAUCACAUCCAUGACAGAGCAUGCCCAUCGGCUUGGCUUGACAGCCGGCUGGUAUCUCAACGGCUGCACGUGCCCGGAGAAAGAAGUCAUCGACUCCAUGUACGACAAAGAUGUUGCUGCACUAGUGGCAUUCGGUUUUGACGCAAUCAAGCUGGAUAAUUGCGGGGCGCAGCAUGACCUCGACAAGUGGGCCGGUCUCAUCAACGCAACUGGACGGAGGGUGAUGAUUGAGAACUGCCACUGGGGCAAGACGGUGCCUACGGAGACCUGGUGCCCCUGGAACUUCUUCAGGACCUCGGGCGAUGUACGGGCCUCCUACGGGAGCGUGGUCGCCAAUCUUCAGACGACAGUGCAGUGGGCGCAGAGGAAUCUUUCUCGGCCCGGUUGUUGGGCCUACCCAGACAUGUUGGAGGUGGGUUGCAAGCAUGGUCCUGGGGGGGACCGCGAUCCGGGCUUGAGCUACCAAGAGGCGCGGAGCCACUUCAGCGCCUGGUCCAUCGUCUCCUCGCCGCUGACGUUGUCCAUGGACAUCAACGACGAUGAAGUCAUGAAUGCAGUGUGGGGCAUCGUGUCCAACAAAGAAGUCAUCGCUGUGAACCAAGCGUAUGCGGGUCACAGCGGGAGCCCAUUCAAGCAGUCUGCAUCUCAGGUGACACUCAAGGAUGACGGCCACUACGUAACGGUUCCCACAUGGCAGUUCUUCUACAAGCCCUUGGGUGGCGGCCGGAUCGCGGUACUUCUUAUGAACCAUGAUCAGACCUCCCACGACCUGGUCCUCAGCUUCAAAGACGUUCCUGGGCUGGCAUGCCAGAAAUGCACGGUGCGGUGUCUCUAUGCGCACAGAGACUUGGGUGAGCACGAGCACAGCUUCACUGCCCAAGCUGUACAGUCUCAUGACUCGCGCAUGUUUAUCCUCAUGCCUGCACAAGCACAGGCCUUCGUCGUAUAG